CCACCUUCUUUUCUUCUCUUUCUCAAGCUUUGUCAACAUUUUGUCUGUCAACUGCUGCCUUUGUUGGCUCCACUUGAUUGCCUUCUCCACAAACAGUGAUGCACCCAUUUAGUUAUCCAGGCGCUAAAUAGUGUGACUGAGCCUUGGAGGCUGUUGUUGUUUUAUCUUGGGAUAAUGAAUGAUGUCCUUUCAGCACACACUAAUGCAAUAUUAGUGGUAUUUCAAUUAAAUUGGAAUUAGACUGUAAUCUCUUCCAUGUCACUUGCUGAUUGCAAGGCUGUGUGUUAUUGAGCUGCUGAUAAAUGUUAUAGUAGAUUGAUAUUGAUGUUGUCUCCACAUACUGGGAUACAGGCGAGGUUCGUAUAUGUUGGCUUGUUUGUGUCACCGAGAUUCUGAGCCUCUCGUUUUAUUUUCGUGGCUGAGAUUUGGGGUGUAUCGCCUCAAAGGUCUGCUCGCAUCAGCUCUUUUCCUGGUAAUUUUGGUUCAAGACCGUUGUUAUCGCUGAUGACGAUAAUCAUCAUCACCAUUAUGAGCAGUUGGCUAUUUGCUGCUUGGCUGUUUACACCAUUAAAAAAAGAAAAAAAAUCACUUAGGGGCAUAAUGCAGACUGAUGGAUCUGUUAUGUAGUCAACUUGUAUGUAAAAAAAAAAAAAAAAAAAACCCAAUUCAAAAUUAGAGAAUGCGCCAAUUUUAUUUGGAUUUAGCAGGAUCCUACGGAUCACCAACCAGUCAAUCAAAAAAAAAAAAAAAAGGUAAGGCAAUACUACUGUCGAAUACUAAAGAACCUGGAUUAAGUGUUGUUCUUUUGAAGAGACCUUUGUGUUAAGUGCUUAUAUAUUACCUACACUCCCAAGUGGUAACACAAAUCCAAUCAGGAUUUACCGAUCCAAUCUGACGGAUGAGAAAAACAUGGCUAAAAGGAGUUGGAGUAGAAGUUUGGAAGAAUCAAUUCAUUUAGGCUUCCAAAGAAAGUUGCUCUGUUUUUAAAUAAAUUAUUGAUGAAGGUUUUGGUCUUGAGUACUGUAGGAAAAUGAUUGUUCUGUGAUUUUUUGACAUUUUUUUUGUGGCAGGACUGUCAGUAACCUUCUGUCAAAGAAUAAACACAAUGGUAGCAUAAAAAAAAAUAAAACAUUGCCUAUUGGCAAGACCCACAUGUCCUUAAGGCACAACUGGAGCUUUUUGUCAAGUGCCAUCAUUUUUCAGAGGGAAAAAAAGUACAUGUCCUGCCUUGGGAAUCCAUUUUAAUGAAAGCGCCACAGUCUCACAUUUCCAAAUUGCUAACAACCAAAGGUGCAGGUCAAACGCGUUGAAAAUAACCUGCAGUAAUUUGUAAAACGGCAAAAUUAAGAUGAGCCAUCAAGAGAGCAGGCAGAGAGAGGGCUGGCUGGCUGGCUGGCUGGCUGGCUGACUGACUGACUGACUCAAUACGCUUACUGCAGCACAUCAGGGCCACAUCGCAUCAGCCUUUGGAUCAAGUCAUUGUAUGGCUAAUGCUGAUGUCAGUGUCUUUUUUUUCCUUCUCAUUAGCAACGGUGUAAUAUAGAAUUGGAUGACCAUUUGUUUGCAUUAUAACAAAAUGCAAAGGCCACCCAGAAGCCCGGACCCCAACUCUUAAAAACUAGAAGACGUAUUUAUCUUAAAGAAGGUUUGACUAUCAUUCGGCAUAUUCCCGUUAAAUCCGUUUUUACACUUUGCAGUAUUUUGAGGCAGUGAAGUAGGCGCUUAUCUCAGUGCUUGUAUUGACCGUAACAGUGAUGUGGGGGUUGGCCGUUGGUGUUUGAGGGCCAAAGUUGCUGAGCCAGGCUAGUAUGCGAUCCUCAUCUCGCCACGCCUCCCUCCCUCUCACUUGCCUGCCUGUCUCAUCCAGCUUUAGUGCAAAUCACGUGAACGUGCAUUUGUACAUGUAAUGGAAGACGAAAAUACCAAAAUAAAAGUAUAGUUAGAGAAAAAUGUUGACUUUAGUCAAUUUUAUUUUGCCAAAUGGUUGCACAAAAUAUCAUCUUCUGGAUCCAUUUUAUCGGUGAAGUAGACUACUGACUUCAAAGUAGAUGUACACUUAAAAACAACAUCUGAUUCAAAAUUAAGCGCAACUGCUAAAUCAGCAUAUUUGUGGACAGGGAAUUUGAGAUGAUAUCAAAUGAUAGUAAAGACACACAAAAAAAACAGCUUUUCUUACUGUCUUUCACCAUUUUUGGAUUUUUCAUCAAUUUCCAAUAAGUUCUGUCCAGCCUGUAAAGCAACCAUGUGGGGCUCUGCCCUCCCAUCGCCUCCCCUCCCCUCCCCUCCCCUCUCCUCCCGCUCGCUCGCUCGCUCUCAUUGGGCAUCUUUCCGCUCUCCGUCUCAUCCCCUCUGCACUUGUUCUUCCCUGUUGCAAGAUUCCGUGCUAUCGCUCAGUGUGGUUAACUCCGGCUUUUCCAAACCUCCCCCCUUGUAUCACCUGGGAACACUAAAAGAAGAAAGUCUCACACCUGCCUCCCUCAUAAAACACCGGUGCCGAACCGAAGCUGCUCAGGACGAUAAUAGGAAGCAGAGGGAGGGAGGGAGGAGGCAGGUAAAAAAGUCGAGGGGAGAAAGAACAACAACAAAAAAAAAGAGAUAGGACAAGAGGUUGGAAAGUUGUGAAGAGGAGAUAGAAGAGAGGCAAAGCGGGGAUACAUUAGCAACGCCUUAGAGCACUUUCCCCUCUUUUUGCCUCUCUCCAUAUUCUUUUUUUCCCUCCUUCCUUUCCCCUUUGGCAAAGAAGAGCCUGUGUUUUUUAGUGGAGGGAGAGGAAGCAGCUUGAGGUUUUUUUUCUGCGGCAACUCUGAGACGCGAACACAGUCAGCGGGAACGGGAGAGCGACUGUCUUCAGGGGCAGCGGGACACAUAAAAGGGACUUUAUAACUUGGCUACAUAUCCACAAACACAGGGGCAAUUAAGUGGUUGUCAGCAGACGGCGCUGCCAAAAAUUACAUCCCACAGAGAGGCGAAAAAACGUGAAAGGACUGAGGAAGUAAGACAGGAUAGAUAAAGUUUGACCAGGAGAGAGGAAAAAAAGGAAAAAAAGAAGAGCCCUGGCCUCUCCACUUUCUUUGCAAGUCUACCAUCCUCUCUCUGCUGAGAUGAUGAUGUAUUUCUGGGGUAAUCAAGAGGCCCCAGCUCCCCCUGAAGCAAUGGCUCAGCCCUUUCCACCGGCCCAGUACCCGCCGCCUCCACCACAGAAUGGGAUGCCCGCUGAGUUUGCCACAGCCCACACUCACCCACCGACCGACUUCACAGGACCAAAUACGGUCGGCGAACACGCCCUGACGCUGUACACGCCGACACACACGCAGAGCGAACAAGCCGUGAAUGACAGCAACGUUCCGGCACUCACAGCUAACACAGUCACGUUUUGCUUGCUUAAAGAUGGUUUCUCAGGGGAAGCUGUGUGGAGAGAAUGUUCUCCUCACCACAGUUACAAGCAGGUAGAUGACCUUGCACAGACGGACGCUUCGCAGCAUCUUCACCUGCAGCCAAGUGACUCUUCAGAGAAACAGCAGCCUAAAAGAUUACAUGUCUCCAACAUACCUUUCCGUUUCCGGGACCCUGACCUCCGACAAAUGUUUGGGCAAUUUGGCAAGAUUUUGGAUGUGGAAAUUAUCUUUAAUGAACGAGGCUCCAAGGGCUUUGGGUUUGUAACAUUUGAAACGACCGCAGAUGCUGAUCGCGCACGGGAGAAACUAAAUGGUACAAUCGUAGAGGGCCGCAAAAUCGAGGUCAAUAAUGCCACAGCAAGAGUAAUGACCAACAAAAAAGUGGCAAACCCUUACACAAACGGCUGGAAGCUGAAUCCAGUGGUUGGAGCUGUCUACGGUCCUGAAUUUUACGCAGUCACAGGGUUUCCAUACCCUACCACAGGAGCAGCAGUGGCCUAUAGAGGGGCCCAUUUGAGAGGGAGGGGCCGAGCUGUCUAUAACACGUUCCGCGCCGCACCACCCCCUCCGCCCAUACCAGCCUACGGCGCCAGUGUGGUCUACCAAGAUGGAUUUUACGGUGCAGAAAUUUAUGGUGGCUAUGCGGCUUACAGAUAUGCCCAGCCAGCUGCUACUGCUGCAGCCGCAUAUAGUGACAGUUAUGGGCGAGUGUACGCAACAGCAGACCCAUAUCACCAUACGAUGGGUCCUGCAGCCGCAUAUACGGUUGGCACUAUGGCUAGCCUUUACAGAGGAGGGUGCAGUCGCUUCACUCCCUACUAGAAAGGAGGGAGUCACGCCCCCUUUCCCUCCCCAGCAAAAAAAAAAAGAAAAAAAAUCUAUAAAUAACCUUUGCUUCCAUAUGAAGAAACGUACUAUGCGUCCAGGUGGCAAAUAGAAUACAAAUACAUUCUAGUUGUUGGUGUAUGGAUUGUAUGUAUUUAUUUGUCAUUUGUUGGGGUGCGGGAGGGGAAUCCUGAUAUCCAAUCUUUCUCUGUGUUCCAAGUCAGUCUGUAACGUGGCUCCUUUGGGAUGCCUUCAUGCAUUGGUUUUAAUUCCACCCUAUUCACCAACUCUCUCCCCCUCUUAUGUACAUUAAGCGCGGCAAAUUCCAGUUUGAGCAACAAACUUAUAGAUGGAAUUUAUCACAUCGAUGGCCAUUUGGCCCUAAGAGAGCUGCUUCCAUUCUAUGAGAGCCAAUGACAAAUACGAAGGCCAAAUCACGUGAAGCCGGAACAAAACACUCAGCAUUAAGUGGGAAGCCGGGCUAAAAGUGACGACACGGACUGAUCUAUUACCGAAUCUGAAUGCAGCGGGACGUGAUGUAUAGCGCUGGUGUGGAGCGGCCAUUGCAAAAUGCCAAUUGAUUGUUGGCUAGAUGCCAGAGGCAGGAGGUAUCCCAUUACUUGGGAAUUGCUUUACAGGGGAGGGAAACACAUCAUUUUCCCUCAAUAUGCGCCGUUUCAUGCACAUCCUAAGCAAUGAUGCUAAAUAUUUCUCUCACGUAAUGAACAAAUGGAAGACUUUCCUUUCUGUUAAAUGUGCAUCCAUCCAUUGCUUGAUCAGUCUGCACAAAUCACGUGUUGAAAUGCUUUGGCUUUCUAGCGGAUUUUUAAGUGUGGCCAGCAAAUUGUUGAAUUAGCAUUUGGUGAGUUAGCGGCCUGCUGAUGAACGUCUACUCGUCCCUGACAUAUUAUUUAUGAUUCUUGGUUCCACAGGGAGGCGGGGCCGAUUUUAGGGACCCGAUCUGCUGCUCUGUAGACAUCGUCAAUAGAUUUCAAUUAAUCCCAACAUUGCUGAAUAAGGAACAACAAUUCACACAUCAUUUCUAGUAUUCUAUUAGAUUUCAUUGGCUGUAGUGUUUCUUUCCUUUUUUAAUGUCAAUUUUUUUUUUUUUAGAUCUAUUAAGGAGAAAAUCCAAAGGUUUACCACUUACAUGCAAUCCACACACAAGGAUGGGUAAAUAUAAUUGAACUGAGCAAAUGAGUCUGAUUUGGGCACUUUAUUGGACUUGGCAUGAAGUGUGUGCCCAUAGUCACAUGGCCACAGCAGGCAGUUGUCCCUGAUGCAUCCACCGAUUCCGCUCCCCAGCACACAAAAAAAACCACACACAUAUAGGGGCCGCCUCCCUCCCUCCCUCCCUCACCAGUAAAGCAUCUGUGCCGGCUGUGUCUGAUGGGAUCGUAAAGACGGGACUCAGUAGCGCAGGAAGGGAAGGGAGUGUGAAGAGCAGCAGUAACCCAGGGAGGCAAUAUACGCCACAGAUUAGAGAUAAGAGAGUUCAGUCAAUAGGCACUGAUCUCAUUUGAAGAUAUGCCAGACGGACGGACUAGACUCACACAAACACGCGCAAAUUCACACUUGCUCCUCUCGCUGUCACCGUCGCUCGUCUUUUCUCUUGUUCUCCCGCUCUUUCCUAAAAUCUCAACAGAAACCUCCGUUUGCAAUUUGACAGCGUGCAAUCAUAUGAUGUGGCUUUUAGUCUCUUUACCCUUGAAGUCAAUGUCCAUGUGUGUCCAACCAUAGUAUCCAUGGGAUUGCCAACUUCAUUGUGGCCUAAGUAAACUAAAAUAGUAAACUCAUAGCCUAAAAGUUUUUAUUUGCGCGUCCCAGUGAAAUUGCUCACUGGAUGCUUUUUUUAUAUGUAGAAUAUGUCUACUUUUAUAUUACAUGUGAUCAUAUAUCAGAAAUUCUGAAUCUAUACAUAAAUUGUCUCUUAGAUGGCGGUCAUUGCCAAGCUUCUUUAUGAGUGUAAAUUAGUAACAAGAAAAAAAAGAAUAGUUGUGCAAUGGCUUUGUUUUAUUGCCAUUAACAAUGAGUGACCACAAAAAGUUGCCACACUCAAGCAUCUGGCAACACAUGUAAACAAGCAUAAAUGUGCCUAAAUUAUGGGUAUAAAACAAGACUAAUGCCAACAAAACAACUCGGAACUGUCAAACGAUUCUUCUGGGAACAGACCAGAACUGAUGCAUGUGACAUAAAUUGUCAGAAGCUUUGGCACAAAUCAAAGUGCAUUGUUAGAGAUAAUGAUAGAAAAGCAGAAGUAAAAUGAAUAGACCUGACUGACUGUCAAAAAUGAUUAUUACCAUUGGUAUUAUUGUGUUGUCGGCAUAGAUUAGUCAUUAUGGAUAAAACGGGCUGUCCCAAUUUGAUCAUAAUAUUUGAUGUACGGUAUAUGCAAACAAAUAUUUGAUAUUGUACUUUCUCACUAUGAUGGGGGGAGUAACACAUCUGUGCCACAGUCGAGUGCUUUCGAAUUUUUACAAAUACUAUGAAGUGCUUCUUGGGCUAACAAAUCUGAAAUCGUGUGUAGUUGAAUAAUGAUCAAAUCAGCAAUCGGGAUUGGUUGUUUAGUGCAGCACAAAAACUUUCAAACCCAUCAAUAAGAAAGUGAUCAUUAAAAUGAACCCUUUUCAUAAAAAUACAAACAAAUAUUUCAAAAAAGUCAAACAAAAAUCUCCACUUACACUCUACUGUUUUUUUCUGUAUGUAUUAACCAGAUAGUGUACCGAUAAAUAUAAAUAAAAAAUGGGGAGCAUUUUGAAAAGAUGCUAUCUCAUUAAUUAGAUGCUAUCAUGAAACAUAUUUUUACUGUACAUAUUGUAUAUGAAUGUGUGUGUAUGGAUAUAUAUAUAUAUAUAUACUAUAUAUAUAUAUAUAUUUCAACUUGUGUAUUUGACAUUGUUUGUCAUGUAAUUUAAUGCCAUAGCCAUUCAUGAAUUUUAAAAAGUGAUUGCUUCUUUUUUGUAUAUCACUCGUAAGGGGUUAGACAAGUGUAAACCUUUUAUAUGACAAGAAAAUGUUUGCUUCAAUUCAUUUGAGUGUCUUUCUCUGUACAGUAUAAGCAAUCAUCAUGUGUGUCAUUUUUUGAUAAAACAUUGGCCUACGACUGUGUGGAAUGUGAUGCUUACGUUUUCUCACAAAAAAACCACUUGAAGUUCAAACAAUCCUUUCUGAAUUUCCAACCAAUUUCUACCAGCCUGGCUGAUUCAGGCCAGAAUAUUGGCUCCGAAUUUGGGAAGUCCAAUUACACAAUUGCUGUAUGUCAUUCAACCAGCUACAAACCGACUUAUUGCAAUGUAGCGAUAGUGCCCAGUGCAAUAUGGCUCACAUGACAAUAAUUGGCAUGAAUAAUAAAAGAAGCAAAAGCAAUAAUAUCUCUCUCUACACAUUCAUCACUGUGUCACAUCACAAAGUGACAUUGCCCCCCCACCCACCCACCAUUAACAUUCAUUUCUCCAUGACUGCAUACCUGCAUUCUCGGCGAAUAAAGAAAAUGAUUCUCAACUAACUAAUAAAUAUCUGCAUUCAAAAAUCAUUGCAUUUAUUCCAAUUAUCUCCGCUUGGAUAAAUCCAAAGUAUGCUUGGAGUCUGUAUCACCUUUGUGGUCUAUUUCAUGAACCUCCAUCUGAUGUGUGUAGCCUUGUGUCCCCUAUAGGAUUGUGGGGGGACAAAAGACUUGUGAAUCAAGCUGAAAGGAUCCACAUGGGAGCCAAUUUAAAAGGCCACAUAUUUUUCAUGAAGUCACAGCAAUUUUCAAACACAAGUGAAGUUGAAGUACAACUGAACCGUAUCUAAAAACUUUAAAGGGACUUACUUGCCACACAGGUUUGAAAUGUGUGCCUGCUAUGUUUUAGGGCUUGAUUCUGUUGUAUAUUAUUUUGUGAAGGGAUAACCCCCCCCCCCC